ACAUUUAAUUGCAGUUGUCCUCAUUGAGAAGCGAAAGCUCAAUGAACUUUUGUAUCUGAUGGAUUACCGUUGCGGGGGUGGGUCUGGUGGGAGUGUCAUUAGCCCGUCAAAUUGAGUUGGCGCAUGCAAACCGCAGAUACAGUCAGGUGGCGAGACCCUUGUGGCCAGUUGUGUGCCAAUUAAAAUCAAUAAAGCCAACCCAAAUCAGUAGAGCUUAUGACAGCUCCUGCAGGACACUGCCGAAUCGUUUCAGUUGCAUUUGGAAGUGCAGCGCGAGAGCUUCAUCCAUGGAACUAGCACGGAAGAUUCUGAUUCGGAUUGUGCCCCUGUUUUUGCUCGGAUGGCUCCUCACAAUGGGCGAGGCCUACCUGGAGAGUGUCCGCGUGGAGGAGAUACCGUUUGCCGGCCACAAGGUCCCGGCUAACCGUCGUUCUAGUGGGAUUCACCUGAUAUCCAGCCUUGAGCAUCAGCGCAAUUUUCUGCACCUUUUUCAUGUGCCCUACAUAAUCUGUUUCUAUGCCGCCAAAGGAAAGUGGCCGUAUGUGCCGGGAUUCAUGAAGUACAAGGUCGACAACGCAGCUCGCAAUUUGUUCCACAAUAACGAUAGUGCCAUAAGGCAGUUCUGCAACAAGUGGAUCCAAGUGAAGGAGUGCUUCCGGCCCAUUUUUGACAACUCCAACAGGACCAGUACCGAUGAUGUUGAGACACUGAACGGAAAACUCCAGCAAUGCAACUGCGAGAAGCUCCUAGCCACGGAGUCUCCCGUUGUGUACUUUGAUAAGAACUAUAUUGGAAACGUUAGCUCGGAGACCAUUCAUAAUACGAUUGAGUUUUUGGAGAGUUUCCUACCGCCGCCGACUAAAAAGCACAAGCGGAAGAAUCGCGUGCGUAGUCGUGUAGAUGAAAUGGAUAUUGAUACCUAAUCAAUUUACUCAACACAUCAUUUACAUUUUUACCUUUAAAAAAAACAUUUUCUUAAUACAACAUUUCUAAGC